AUGUUGCGAAGCUUAAUCAAUGCAUUGGCUCCACUCUACCCAUUUACUGCCUCUUUUUUUCUGCUCUUGCUCCAUGGAUUGUCAUCCGGUCUUGGAUCUGAGGAAUGUCUGAGCAACAUGGGAGAAGUCGACUGGAUUCAGGAUAGUGACGGACAGGUGUACCAGCAAGCCUGGUCACCCAUGUCGAACACAUGGGUAGGCACACCUAAAGGUAACCAACGACUACUUUUUAAAACAUCAUCGUUCUGUGAUUCAUACUUAGAUCCCCAGGAGUUGUGGCGUGCAUCAGAUGACAAUGAUACCGGGCCCAAGGACUGGAACAUGGCAGAUGGUUCAGUUCGGUCAGGUUACAUUGAGAACAUGCAUGACCACUAUCAGCCCAAAUCCUACAAAUCAAAUUUACAAGAUGCAACGGUCGAACAAGUUCGCAAGAGAAAAGUCUACACGGAUACCAGCGACCUCAGCGUAUUCGGCUAA